AUGUCAUCCGAGCAGAUCUUUGUCCAAGUUGUCUAUCCCACGUCAGCCGCAUCUACCUUCAAUAUGGAGUAUUACCUCAACCACCAUAUCCCACUGGUCAAGAAACGCUGGGGACCACAAGGCUUACAAAGCUGCUCCGUCGUCACCGGAGACAAGGAUGCAGGGUACCACGUGCAAGCCACGAUGGUUUGGAAGAACCGGGCAUCAUAUGGAAACAUGACGGGUGUGGAGGAAGUGAGGGGAGACGUCAAGAACUUUACCGAUGUGGCGCCGUAUCGAUGGGUUGGCUCUAUUGUUUACCAGGAAGUAUUGACGGAGUCGGAAACCAGGGGACUUUGA